AUACGAGGCCCUAAAGACCGCCGACGCCUUCAUUAGCUCAUGCCCGAUGCAGAAUUAUCUCCAUUAUCGUUGCAGAGCCCUAAUUUGCCAAUUUGUGUUUAUUUCGACUUUCUCUGCGCCCGAUCCGAGUCUGGAGCUGACAAAUUAUAGGUCGUCGAUCUCCACUUUCGGAUGAAAUCAGUGAAAGCCUCAUCGCGCAUAUCUUGGCAUUACGCAGUUGUAGCAAUCAAACAAAUCUCGAAAUGGAUCUCAUUUUCCAACUGAUCAAAGCUAUAGAGCAGGAAGUGGAGAAGGAGUCCAUCAGAAUUCUACAAGAGCGCUACCAGCAUCCGGAUUUCGUGAAUCGAACGACGAAGUCUGUAUCAAAGACGCCAGCCAGCGGCCAUAUGGCAAGAUUAUUUGAGCUGCAGACAGAUAUUCGAAAGGUGUCCGACCCUAGCAACGCAGCCGGCACGUCAAAUACUCCAACAACAUCUACAAACGCGGCAUCCGGUGGGACUCCAAAUGGCCAGCUUCCUGCGAAUUACCCAUCAACUUGCCAAAUACAGGAAUCUGGGAAUUCACUCGCGGAAGAAGCUGAAGCUGCCUUGCCGAGAUAUCUUGCAAUCUGCGUCAACACUGGCGGCAUUUACGUGACAUUGCCCGAGAUAGCUGUACCAAAGAGCACAUCCGAUGCCAUUCUGUUUGAUAUGAUGAAGGCAUCGUACCAAAAGCUUCGUGGCUUCCGGAUUCGCUUUGCGUUUCUUUUGAGACCUGUAGGCGUGGAAUUCGUUCAUUUCUCUCUCUGGAACCUCCUCAAAGGGUACGUCUCGAUCUGUGAUCGACCUCGAUGCGUCCCACCAGAGAGCCUCUCGGACUACGAGUUCAUGCCCCGUCCGAUCGUCCCGCUUCCGCCUAUGCCGCCUGAAGUCUUCAUUCACUAUCUCCAACACGGUGAUGGGGAUCUAAAUCCGAUCCGUAGUAUCUGGGCACCUCGCCUCCCGAAACGGCUGCACAGCCCCAUCGUCAACGCUGGUAUGCCAAGCUACGGAUGGGGCAUCCAUAUUAUUGAAGGGACAAACCGGGAGCUUGUCUUCUGGAUCAUCAUGUUCACAAUCUUCGCCAGUAUCCUUACGACUAUACUCUGGUCUUCGCUCAAAGAUGAUGCCCAAGACGAGUCGGGUCUUGGAUCGCUGAUCGUUGCGCUGCCGUCCGUGCUAUUAGGGGCGUGGCUUUUCAGGCUCGGCGCGGCAUAGUCUUGUUGGAUAGGGUAAACCUUAGAAAUCCGCUCCAGGCAUUGCAAUAGUUCGGGAUGCCUCUAACAAUGUCCAGACGGUAGGGAGCGCGGAUGUAGUAGCUAGAUGAUAGCCACGUCAGGCACAUUACGUGUGAACUGCCGAACCGCAAUUUGGAGCACCCCCGACACUACUUUCCGCAUAGAAAGAUUCCUCUACCGCGGUCUUCUGAAGUCGGCCACUAAG